GGGCGGGGACAGCGGCAGCGGCGGGCGGGAGGCGGGGGGGCCGCGGCCCCGCUCCCCUGAUAGCCCCCGCUCCCCUCCCUCCCUCCCCAGCCCGGCCUCCGGCUCGGCGCUCCCGGGAAGAUGUGGGUGAAGCUGUGCUGUUUGCUGCUCUACUUCCUGGCGCUCUUCGUGCUGGCCCGGGUGUUCGAGGCCGUGGCGUGGUACGAGAGCGGCUUCCUCGCCACGCAGCUGGUGGACCCGGUGGCGCUGAGCUUCAGGAAGCUGCGGACCAUUCUGGAGUGCCGCGGGCUGGGGCACUCGGGACUACCCGAGAAGAAGGAUGUGCGGGAGCUGGUGGAGAAGUCAGGAGACCUCAUGGAAGGAGAGCUUUAUUCAGCUCUCAAGGAGGAAGAGGCCUCUGAAUCAGUUUCCAGUACAAACUUCAGUGGUGAAAUGCACUUCUAUGAGCUUGUAGAAGACACAAAAGAUGGGAUCUGGCUGGUACAGGUGCCGUGCAGGAGUGCAUGGGUGUCUCAAACUGGAAACCACUGAAGCAGACAGACAAUUCAUGCAACCUUACCAGUUCAUGAAAUGAAUUAGAAAUCACUUUUGUCUUUGGCAAACCUACACAGGCUUUUUCCAAUUGAAAUGUCUGUAUUCCUUAUGUGAAGAGUGACUUACUGAGGCAGCUGUGACUGAUCCUGAGAGAACCACCUGGAUUUUGUGUGUGCAGUAGGGAAUAGUGUCUCUUGCUUAAUGGUUUUGUUCUUCCUGAUGGUGUAAAGUCUGUCACAGUGCCCUAGUGCCCAGAGCUGAGGAGUGCUUGGAGUCAUUGUCUUUGUGGCUGAGCUGUAAAACCAAGUUGUCACUAUUACUGUGUAUUUGAAAUUGGGUGCUGUUGAUAUGAGCAGGUGUGCCUGACACUUGCUGUCCCAGCUAGAAUUGGUUAAAAUAAUGAGAGCUGGAGCACAUGAGGUGUUUGUUCUGCUUUUGCCCCUCUCUGACUCAUUGUCAUGCCUUGUGAUAUUUGAACACUUAGUUUUGAGCAAGCUUCAAAACUUCCUGAGAACAAAUCUUGUUCCUCUGACCUGCUUUGAGAUCUCUGUGUACCUGUCUGAAAGAAAUUGAACAAAAUCUGAUUUAAAUGCACAGAAAACAGGACAAUGCUCAAGUGAGGUUGUUAUCAUGUCAUGCUCAGGUACUUCAGGGGUAGCAGAAAAGGAGUCUUUGCAUAUUGCAUUGCUACAGCAAACUCUAACAUCAGCUGGGCUUCCUCAAGCCUCUUCAAUUUCAGUUGUAUCUUCACUUGUAUUUUAAGAAUCUAUGUUUCAUAAAAUAAUCUUUAGAAUGGUUAAAGAUACUUGGAAAUUAAGGAGCAGCUGGAUCCGUGAUGGCUAUAAAGUAGCUAUUGCAAUAUUGAUGCACCUGCCCAAUACACUUGGGUUUGGAUUAGUCAAGAGAGGCAAAGUGCCUUGCUGACUUAGUCCUCUUUUUCCAAGUGUUUGUAUCUUUCUGGCUCUGGGAUAUUUGCUCUUUAAGGCUGUUCUAUAAUGUCGUAACUAUGACUACUUUAACAUAUAGAUAAAAAUAUUUCUAUUUUUCUAAUUACUUUCUUGAUUGAACUCUUUGAGGGUAAUUCAGUGUCAUGAGAACUCUUCCAAUGCAAAAGCUCCCUAUUCCAUUGUCUUUUGAAAUCAUCGGAAUCUCAGCAUUUACAGUAUUACAGAGAUGGUAAUUCAGACCCUGCUGAUCCCCUGGCCUGGGUUAGGUGUGGGUUAGGGAGCAAAUCCACUCUGUGAUAUGAACUUGUUAAAUAGCAGGGUUACUGUGAUCCUGUUGGAUUCCCUUAGCCCAUUAAGAUGAUUAAUGGAUUAAUUGAGUUACCCUCAUUGUCUUACUUGUCACUCUGACAUGUGAUAUGUCACAGAUUGUGAACAUAGCUAAUAAUAAACAAAGCUGAGAGGGUUUGUGCUUCUCCAGACGUGGUGUUUGUUUCCCAUCUGUGUUAGCUGAUCUCCUAAAAGGUACCUUCUCCUAGGAGCUUGGGCUUUAUUUCUGCAACAUUAAAUAGAGUGUGUGAUUGAAAGGGACCUUUCUGAUGAGCUAGUUCAGCUUUCUGCUAGACUGUAAAAUAUGUGUUUAGAAAAUAUUUUGCUGUCUCUCUUACACUGUAAAUUGUUCAAAUGCUCCUGUUGACUGUUUUCUUCUUGGAAAUGUGUGUCUGACUUCUGGCUUGGUUGUAUUCAGGGCUAAUUUGUUCCUAUUGGGCAUAAAUUGACAUUGCCCUUAGUUUCACGGUAUCUUGAUGUCAACCACACUCCUCUCAGUAAGUGAGGUCAAUCAACCAGUUUGUUUUGUCAGGUCUGAUAUAGCCUGGGCUUUGCUUGUUUUGCAGGCAGUUCAUAUUGAUGGCUGGUGUUUCCUUGUGGAGCAGCUGAUAGCCCCAAGCGUUUGCUCCCGUUGCUGUUUCUAACUGAUGAACUCCCCAAGUGCCCUGUUCAUUACUGAAUUCAAUUUCAUGUGUGACACUCUGCAUUACAAGAUUUGUGCAGCUCUUCCUGCAUGGUGUUGUAAUCCUCUUUCCCACAUAGAUGUGCUUCCCAAUUUUAUGUCUUCUACAAAUGGCUUUGGGAGACUUCAAGUUCCCACAGGAAGGGCAUUAAUGGCAAUAUAUACUGAACUGAGCUCUAAGGUAAAUCUGUUAAAUCUGUUAGCACCUUUCUGGCAUUUUGAUGUCUUUUUGCUGUAGCAAAUUUCUUGCUCAUUUUUAAAAUUUCUUUUUUUUUUUCACUCACUAUAAAAGCCUAUCUGUAGCUCUUAUGUAAUUUUUACAUGGGGCAUAAUACAUGAUACACUACCAAACUACAAACCGGUACUACAUUCCCUUUUUCUCUUGAAAUUCAGUUCAUUUCCUUCAGGGAAAGUUUCUGUCAAUCAAGAAUGAUACAUCUUUAGUAGUUGCAUGCUGGAAAGAGGUGGAAAAUGCAACUGUCUCUGUCUCUGCACCUCUAAAAAUUUUACAGUUUUGCAUCCUAUUGAAAUAAACCUGGUGGAGUUUUUUUUUUUUUUUCAUUUGCUCUUAAAUAUAGCUACAGACUUGUUACUGUCCUGUUAAAAUGUGAAUUGGUCUGAUAGGGGUUUGCAAGAAAUUUUCACAGGUUCACCUGUGAUCCUGUGUGCUUGUGCUACAGUUCUAGGAUGGAGAUAUCCUGCUGACCCUGAUUGAAGUGCAUUAAGUUAUUUGAGUUCUGCUUUCACCUUCAGGUGAUGUAGUUUCUCCCAUAAAUUUGCUAACUGGUCCAUGGCCAGCCACCUCUCCCCUUCACUGAAAACUGAGUCACAGUAUUAAUUUACCUAUAAAAAGAAAAUUAUCUUACAUUUCUAUCCUGUCUUCAUUGUUUGGUGAUCCUACUGCUUCUCCCCCUCUUCUAUUCUUAUUCAUAUGACUGAAAAACCUUUUGGUACAGCUUGUAAUAGUCUUUGUGUGGCCUAACUUGAAUAGCUCAUUUUUCCUUACCUUUUUUUUCUUUGCAUAUCUUUCUUUGAUAGCUCUUCCUUUUGACCUUUAUUUCAAUCCUUGUAGAUUGUCAAACUAUUUCUAACCUUGCUUUGGAAGUGAUUGCUAGGAAGAAGUGCAGGACUUGGCAACCUUUUUUUUUUCCUUACUUGAAAUAUAAAAUCCUGAUAGCUUUAACACCAUGGGCUUGAAGAACUUCCAGGCCUCUUCCACAUUCAAAUUCCCAGUCUCCUCAGUCACAGGUUUUUAAGCUAAAUUUCUUAACUUAUCAAAAUUCACACUUUUAAAAUAAAAUCUGUUACAAGUGUUUGCAGGUUAUUUUUAAUUUAAACUGAAGUACAUUUUGAUUGCUUAACCUGCAGUAUUUUCUUGAACUCCCUCAUGCACUGAGGUGGUGACUGCUUUCCAAAUUUCCUUGCCUUGGCAUGGUGAACUCCCAGUGCUGUAAGUGGGUGUUGUCUGCAAGGAGCAGCUGCAGUGGACAUGUUUAUUUGGAUUUUUUUUCCAUAAGGACAUAAAAAAGCACGAGCCCAAAAUAUUUUAGGAAACUUCAGUGUGCAAAACCAUAGCAGGGUUCUUCUAUGUAGUUACAAAAUACAGACUGCUACUUAGGUCAUUGUUCUUCAGUAAAAAUAACUUUCUCCAGGAGGAAAGACUUUUUCAUAGGAAAUUAAUUAAGCUGGUGGUAAAAUAUAAUGGUGUAAAAUAUAAUGGUGACUGUAUUUGCAACAAAGUUUUGUCUUGACACCUAAAGUGAGCGUUGUGGUGCCAGGCAGAAGAAACAGUGAGCAGGAUCUGUCCUCCUGCACACAUUAACGUUUUCUCAUCACUGUUUCACAACAUGCACACAGUUUUGGAAGAAGCCAGUCUGUGAGUAAUUGUACCAAAGAGUAAUCCAGUCACCAAAGUUUUACUUCUGUGCUUACUAAUAAAACAUAGUGGUUCCUUGCCACAUUGGAUGCAUUUAUCAUGCCAUAGUAGCUCUGAGGAUAUUUUAAGGCUAUUGUAUGGCUUUAGGGUGUCUUUAGGAAUUUGGUCUCCCUUGACUGAAGUGCAUGAAAAGAAGAAAUUUAAAAUACCCAAAGCUUCAGUCACAUUGGGUGAUAUAAUACAGUAAUACAGUAGAUUUCCCAGCUGGUUGUCUCAGUGUGUGAUGGUUACAUUUAUCUAAUCAGAAAGGCUUUUCUAUAUGAUGUGUGUGUUUUAAGAAUAACUUGAAGGAUUCUUACCUAGAUUUUCACCUCCAGUGUUAUUGAAACAUUUUGGGCUUAGUGGAAUAGGAAUGUAGUCUGAGACUUCAUUUUGUUUCCCUAUGCAGAGCAUUCUGCUUGGUGAAUUCUUCUAUUUUAAGAUUCUGUGAGGCUGCUACUUACCACAAAGCAGAUAAUAUUUAUGAGUCUCAAAGGCUGGACACGCUUUCUAGGUUGAAUCUCAGCAUGUCUACAGAGAACUGUUAAUCAUGGUGACAGCCCAACUUCUAGGGGCAAGCUGACAUUUGAGGUUAUUAAGUCAGAAAACGAUUGGGAUAAGUUUAAUGGUGGGUAAACAAAUAUCUAACAAAUGGAAGUUUCAAUUUUUAAUUUCAAAAUAUAUUUUAAGUGGCUGCCAGUAAGCCUGCAGAUGCAUGUGAGCUGUUUCUAAAGUAGAAAAUGUGAUGGCUUGUGGAAUAGUGCAUGAUCAGUCAUGUCAUUCAAAAUUACCUGUCAGCUGGCAGAGUUUUCUCCUUGUGGGUUUUUCCCCCUCCCUGUACAGAUAUAAGUCAGAGGUUGAAUGCUGCUUCUUUGUCAUCUGUGUCAGUAGAAGCUUACAGUGAGGUAACCUGAAGUACAGCUGUAAUAUACUGGGUUAGAGCAAAUUAAACCUUGGGAUAUAUCAUAGCAAGUGAUUGUCCUGAAAUGGCAGAUGGGACACUGGAGUUGGUGGAACAGUCACAUCAAGUUGCAGAGUGAGUCACAGGCAAAGCUGGAAGGAGUCAAGAUCCUUAGGCAUUAUCUGAGAGUUUAAUCAGUAGUUUCCACUGCUCAGGAAUGGCUGUUGGCAGUUUAAUCCGGUACCAGGUACAUGCAUUCCCAUUCAUUCUGCUUGCUCUGAGACAAGGUUUCUUUGGUAUGUUGUAAGUUCUGAGGGAGAAUUGUAAUAAAAUGUUGGUCCUUUUUUUUUAUUACAAAGAAGAGGAACCUGCUGCACCCCCUCUCCUUUCUCCCCCACUAUGAACUGGUUAAUGAUAGUUUUGUUAUUUUACUAAAGUUCCUGUUUACUAGCACUGAUUUUAGUAUCCUAACAUGUACUUAAAAUGACAAUGCACUUCUUUCUGUAUGCAGAACCACAUUUCUGUCUUAGUGCUUCACUCUCCAAAGACAUUUACCAUGCCUCCCAGUUGUACGUUCAUACUCUGUGCCCUAAAAGAAGGGAAAGGACUAUCAAGCAUGACCAGCACUCUCUUUUCUUGAAACUUGCUCUUUAUUUCAGGAACCAAGCUGACAGUGAUACUAAACUGGUAUUUCCUUUUGGCAAUAGGUCAUAGCAAACGACAGAAGCCCACUGGUGGGUAAAGUCCACUGGGAGAAAAUGGUGAAGAAAGUCUCGAGAUUCGGCAUACGUACUGG